UGUGUGGCCUUGCCUACCGUACUGACAAGUCUUCACAUUAAGUAGGGACCGUAGAGGCGGAGAGAGAAUUCGGCGGAGGUAGGAGGAAGAUAUGGCAUCUGACGGCGUCGUUGGCUCUACCGAUUUUCCUGUGAAGAGGCAGAGAGAAGAUGGAGAGAAUGGGGUCCCUGCUUCGACCGUCUCUGUGGAGGCGGACGGUAAUGGUGUAUCAGCUGUGAUUCCUGGGUGGUUCUCCGAAAUUAGCCCAAUGUGGCCUGGGGAAGCACACUCUUUGAAGGUUGAAAAGAUCUUGUUUAAGGGGAAGUCUGAUUACCAGGAUGUCAUGGUCUUCCAGUCAUCAACAUAUGGUAAAGUUCUCGUUUUGGAUGGAGUAAUUCAGCUCACCGAAAGGGAUGAAUGUGCCUACCAAGAGAUGAUCGUUCAUCUUCCUCUUUCCUCUAUUUCAAAUCCAAAGAAGGUUCUGGUUAUUGGUGGAGGGGAUGGUGGCGUCCUGCGGGAAGUGUCACGCUAUUCUUCAGUUGAGAAGAUAGACAUUUGCGAAAUUGACAAGAUGGUAGUUGAUGUCUCCAAGCAGUAUUUCCCUGAAGUAGCAGUAGGGUAUGACGAUCCACGUGUGACACUUCAUAUUGGCGAUGGUGUUGCAUUCUUGAAGGAAGUUCCUGAAGGAACUUAUGAUGCAGUUAUCGUGGACUCAUCUGACCCUAUAGGCCCUGCUCAAGAGCUUUUUGAGAAGCCCUUUUUUCAGUCGGUUGCUAGGGCUCUUUGUCCUGGAGGAGUUGUGUGUACUCAGGCAGAAAGUAUAUGGCUUCACAUGCAUCUCAUUGAGGACAUAGUUGCAAAUUGCCGCCAAAUAUUCAGAGGCUCUGUCAACUAUGCUUGGACUACAGUUCCCACAUACCCAAGUGGGGUGAUUGGUUUUAUGCUUUGCUCAACUGAGGGACCUCCUGUUGAUUUCAAGCAUCCUGUGAAUCCUAUAGAUCAAAAUCCCAGUCAGAAGACAGACAGACCACUGAAGUUUUACAACUCCGAGAUUCAUACAGCAGCUUUCUGUCUGCCAUCUUUUGCCAAGAAGGUGAUUGAACCGAAAGCAGAGUGAGAAGAUUUUCGAGUGCUUGGAGGACCAUUUGUGGCUGUUGUAGAAGGCCAGCUUUUAGUUUUGCAUUCCAUUUAUGAACAAUAAGUUAGAGCUUUUAAUUUGUCAUGAAGAGCGAGUCUUAUAUCACGAAAAUUAGUUGUAGGCUACAAUGGAUGGAUUUCAGAUGUCAUUUAUAGUCUGGAAUUUGAUUUUAGUGUUAGAGAUCAGUUUUAGAUGCAAACACUUGCUUUUUGUCCGCUGUGAAAUGCAAUCUGCCUCUAAUGCAAAAUCACUUACUUACCUCA